UCCCAGGCCUACUGUAGGUCUAGAUCCUCCUCCAGCAUCCUACACAUAUAUACUACUCCAUGGAGUUAGCACUUCCAGAUGUCAAUGAUGAAUCAACUGCUUGCCUGCUGGGGGAAUACAAAACCAACAUGAGUGCCAGCUGUACUUAUGCAUGGCCAUGUCUGCUUUCAUAGAUGAUACGGGAGUAAAAUCAUCUCAUAACAGUCACUUGUAUUAGCAUUGUACAUGUAUAUAAUGAUGUAUAGUUAGUCUAUACUGGUCCUGCUUUAUGAGAACGGAUGUCAUCAAUUUGUUUCCAUGAAUAACCAUGCCAUACUCCGGAGUAAAUUCAGAUUGCUGACGCUGUUGUGUGUAUGUUUGGCAGUAAAUGUCACCAAUUUGAAUGAAUAUCACUUAAUACAAUACAAUGUGACCGUGCAUACUGUUGAUGGACUCUGGUGAUGAUUUAACAGCAGAAGAACAGAAAUUGCUUACUAGCAUCAGGGACAGGAAAGCUAAGCUGCUGAAGGAGAUUCAGGAGCUUAAAGAUGAGAUAGCAGAAGUUGCAAAUGAGAUGGAGGCUAUCGAUGUCUCCGAGGAUAGCAAAAACAACCCCAAAACAAAGCAAAUGUCCAUUGGGAAGAAGAAAUUCAAUAUGGACCCCAAAAAGGGUAUUGAAUACCUUAUUGACAAUGGACUUUUGCCAAAUGACCCAGCAGAGGUGGCCAAGUUUCUACACCAAGGAGAGGGACUUAACAAGACUGCUAUAGGGGACUAUCUCGGAGAAAGACAUGAAUUCAACAUCAACGUGUUGAAGGCCUUUGUGAAUUUGCACGCGUUCUCGAACAUGAUCCUGGUUCAGGCUUUGAGACAAUUUCUCUGGAGUUUCCGUUUACCAGGGGAGGCACAGAAGAUUGACAGAAUGAUGGAGUGUUUUGCGCAAAGAUAUUGUGAAUUGAACACUGAUGUAUUCACAAGUUCAGACACAUGCUAUGUACUGUCCUUUGCCAUAAUCAUGCUGAACACCAGUCUACACAACCCCAGUGUGAAAGACAAACCCACGGUAGACCGCUUCAUACAGAUGAACCGAGGCAUCAAUGAUGGUGGAAACCUUCCAGAGGACCUCCUCACUAGUUUGUAUGACAGCAUCAAAAAAGAACCGUUUAAGAUACCAGAGGAUGAUGGAAAUGACCUCAUGCACACUUUCUUCAACCCAGACAAGGAGGGGUGGUUGUGGAAACAAGGAGCUUCCAAAAAAUUAAGCGGUCGGUACAAGAACUGGAAAAGAAGAUGGUUCAUUCUGAAUGAUAACUGCCUCUACUACUUUCAGUUCACCACUGACAAAGAACCAAAGGGGAUUAUACCGCUGGAGAACAUACAAGUGAGAGAGGUACCUCCAGAGAAGUCCUCCAAACCUAACGCAUUUGAAUUGUAUGCGGCAAGCAACGACAUCAUUAAAGCUUGUAAAGUUGACAGAGAAGGCAAGGUCGUGGAAGGUAAACACAAUGUGUACCGAAUGUCAUCUGCAACAGCCGACGACAAGGAGGAAUGGAUCCGAUGUAUCAGAGCCAGUAUAAGUGAGAAUCCAUUCUAUGAUAUGCUGUCCGCCCGUAGGAAGAAGGUCAUUACAAAGUGAAGAGGUGGCCUGCUGGAUACAAGGCCUGGAUGGUCACACACAACAUGCUGUACAUCUUCACAUACUCAUCAACACAUAGUGAAAAUGGUUCUUGUAUAGAAAACCUGUAAUGCUCCUGUCUGUGAUUGUGUAGGAUAGCAGACUUGAAAUGAUAAUUUAUUGUUCAAUUACUGAUUCAGAAGUACUAUUGUAUGAAAUCCUAGCUUUAAUUGCACUAUGGGUUUCUAAAGUCAGAAAACUUGACCUGUUAUAUGUCAAUUUUACUGUAAACAUAAAUCUUGUUUUUUAUAUUUGACUUCAAUAACUGAUUGGUUUGUUGAUAUUACUCAGACAAAUGCUAUCAUAAAUGGCUGAAGUUGCUGCUCACCAAUUGUGCCACAAUCCCUGACCGUUGUGCCCCUUCAAAGAAAACCUCAACAAUUGUGUCACUGGUAUUGGUAUGCGUGUAGUAAAACAGCAUGUAUUUACCUGGUAUAAUAUAUCAAUUCAAUCUUUAUAGGUUGUUUCAGAUUUUAUUAAAUACUGUUUUUAUUUAUUAUUUCAAAAAUGCAUAAAAAUAGGAUGACAUUUGAAAAACAUUCUCUACAUUGAACUUUUUUUUUUUUUUUGCAUUUUGAGAAUAAAACCAAGAGCUAUUGAAUUGAAGGGAUUAACUAAAAUUGUUUGAAACAUAUUUCUGAUGAUAUAUUUGAGAUGUAUAAACAGUAUUUGUAGCUUUUUAGGUCAUCUGAGAAGUCUCAAGUGACAUUUGCGAUCAUGUUUUUGUCCGUCGUUGUGCAUUAACUGUCUGUAAACAAUUUACAUUUUCACCAUCUCAGAAACUCUAGAACCAAAUUACAUGAAAUUAAAUUUCAACCAAAAUUUUGAAUUAUAUGGUCCUAUCCUCCAGGGUUCCUGAGGGGUGGGGUAAAUUAGCUGAAAUUUCAAAAAUCUUCUCGGGGGCCAGAUAUGGUCAGGUAGAAUCAGAUAAUUUUUCUAGAUGGAAUGAUCUAGAUGCUUUAACCAAAAUAGUGAAUUUGAUAGCAUCGGGGCUCCCGUUCCUCCCUAAGGGAGGUGGCAAGAUUUACAAUAGUUUAUAAAGGAAAAUCACAUUUUUGAGCAUCAUUUGUUGAACUACCAUUGAAUAUGAUUUAAGACUGGGUUAAUAGUACGGUAUGAGUUUGGGAUGACAGUUUGAUGGUACAUGUAUUCACACAUUGGCCCUGACUGACCGCCAGAGGCUGGGCAGGGCUACAAUGGGUCAAAUGGACCGAAAUAUAUAUAUGAACACACGUGACCGUUAAGGCCCAUAGGCCUUGUGUUUGAUAUGAAGAACUGUGAUAAGUCCACAGUUGGACUUGAAAGCAAUAAUAAGGAUUACACUUUGGGUACUCAGACCAAACUUGUAGAAGUAGGGAAGUACUGGAGACAAUAUUUAUUGUAUAAUAGUUGUACGUUCUAUAUAUAAAGUGAUUCUAGUCAGAAUAGGUUUGAGAGCCACAGGAUUUGAAAUAUAUCCUUGUGUUGGUCCAUGAUUCAUUAAGCUUUAUUUAUACUGUUAAUGUAAGAAUUUGGUGUGAAAUACCUUUGUUUGACUCACUUUGUGAUGCAUUGAUUACCUCCCCUUAAUUAGUUGAUCACGUGCCCAGAUUGGGCACCUUAGGAGAAGAUUACACCAAUCAUCCAGGGACCAACAUUGUACUUGUGUAUAGGACUAGUGUAUUAAGUCAACACUAGUAAUCACUUUACCUGUCGGUCACGCUAUGUCUGAUGUCAACCCUAUGACUAACUAGUGGUCACUAUACCACUCGGUCACUCUACACCUGUCUGGUGUUGUCUAGUGACCAGUGUGUCGCAUCAAAACUGACCAGCUAGUGGUCACUAUCCUUCUAUUUCACGCUAUACAUGUAUAUAACUAUGUUCGAGAUCAACCCUCGACUAAUUAGUGGCCGUGAUACCUGUGUAUUUUCUAAGGACCAGUAUGUGACCACCUGUUUGUAUCUGCCAUGUUGAUAGGUUGUGUCCUUACGAAAUAAUAUAUUUUUGGGAGUCCUUCAUACCUCGUGUAUCCAAUCAUAAACAGGUUGUGGAAAACCACCAACUUUCGUAUAAUACACAAUUUUCAUUAUAUGUCAUUUGAGUUAUAGCUUUGUUACUAAAAAUAUCCAAAAUCACUUAAAACUUCACCUUUUAAAUUUUCUUAUCUAAAUGGCAUCUAUUUAGUCAUGAAACAUCAUUCAAAAGGAAAAAUAAAAUUAAUUUGCACGUGGGAAAGUACCGAAAAUUAUGCAAUACUUCCGGUGUAGCAACAUCAAGUUUCUAAGUAGCCAAAGCUUUCAGUAAACAUCUUUUAGUGAAAUAUUGUUUACUUUGUUCAAAAUUAAUACACCUUGCAAAGUAUACUGUUUAAGAGAUUCUUGCAAUUUUUUAGUAACAAAUCCAUACCCCAACUGGUGUAUAAUAGGCGAGUUUGUGUAUUAUAUGCAAGUUUGUUUUCUCCAACCUGAUAAUGCACUGACCACUGGUCAUGGGGAUCAGGUAAACCAAAGGAGCUGUCCUUAGUUGGUUGUACAGAUGUUUUUUAAGAAUAACUUGUAACUUCAUUUGUUUAUUUAAUGUAAAAUUUAAUGUUAGAAUAAGUGUGUCUACCUUUAAUGUCAUGACUGUGAGUUGAAAUAAGAGUGAAUUGAAAUCCGUGCCAGUUUGUUCAUGUAAAUGACGGGUGAGUGAUGAUGGUGGUUUGAAUGGUUUAAAAUAUUCGUAUUGAAUUGAUUAAAACUGAUAUGCACAUCGGUAUUACUGAAUCAAUGAUGUUAAAAUUUUUGUCUCAUGCACAUCUAAAACACAAAGCCAAGACAAUGGUGUUACUUUAACCCAACUUGAUAUAUACAGUUAGAGCAUGUAGUGGACAUCUCAACUUACCCUUCAUUUACGGAAUAUCAUACAGAUUUAUGAUCCAGUGACUAUGGAAAUGAGGGAUGUUGGGAAUCUAGACUUUUAGUUUUGUGUUUAGCUCAGCUUCUUCCAACCAGACCUAAAAUAUGGCUGCAUGCUAGUAUGGACAUCUCCACACUUUACAGAUUAUGUGAAUUUUCAUUUUAGAUUUUGAGAAACUAAUUGAAAAUCUAUUGCUCCUCCAAUUGAUACAAAAUUUUGUUUAUAGUUAAAUUGGAAUGAAUUCUAUAAUGUAUGGGUGAAUUUUCUUCUAAAGAAUAUUUCGAGUAAAAAUGACAGGAGAAUUUUGAGAAUAAGUGUUCUGUGAAAUUUGAUAUUUGUCUUGCAGUGCAUAAUUAUUUACACUUCAUAGUGUAUACAUGGUGCUUCCAUACCACCAAAUUGAGUUUUUGGAAAAUAUACUUAAUUUUUUGUGAAUUUUGGAGUUUGCUUAAAAUCCGAUAUACAUAUUUAUUAACUUUUAGUGAGACAGGCGAGGCAUAAUUAGUUCUUCUUGUUAAAUAGAGUUUAAGAUGAAUAUGAAAUCACUUCAAAUGUGAAAGUUUGUCAGGUGUGUGAUUGAUGGUUUGAGUAAUGUUCUCCUCAGUGUUUGUACAUUAUAAUGGACCUAUAUAUAGACUAACCUCCCUGUAUAGCUUGGUAGGGCCUUGUGUAAGGUAUUUAUUAAUACACAGGUAUGUAAAUAUGUUGUUUAGUUCAUUGUUUGAAGAUAGAGCUACCAAUAGCUCAGUACCAUACAAUCACAAUACUGUUCAUAUUUAUGUUCUUGGUAUUAGAUGUAUUUUUUAAAUAUAUUGUAAUGUUAUGAGUGGUCAGACUUUGAAAGCUGUGAUUUUGAAACUGUCAUAAAAAUAGUCACAUGACAUCUUAAUACCUCUGUAACCUGUUUGCACAGAUCAUGGAAUAUUGAUUAUGACACACAAAGUUUUAGUCAUCUAUACCAUUCAGUAAGUUUCACAUCUAACAUGUUGGUCCUGUUUACUCAGAAGAUCGCUCAGCAUACAAAAUGUCAAACUUCCUUCAGCUCAUUAUGUACAGACUAUGCAGUCACUUUCACAUAUGUAGAUCGAUCAAGAGUGUUAUGCAUCAUCACAUUUUAAUCUGUAUUAUGAUUGAAGAUAUAUAUAUCUUGUAAUAUUGUUUAUAACACACGAUUAUGUAUCCACGUUUGUAAGGAAAAAUGGCAAAGACAUUUUUGUCAUCAGUAAUGGUCAACAUAUUACAGAUGUAUACGGAACACAAAUUAACAAAAAAAAAUACUACAUGUAUUACUUAAAUAAAUUUGUAUCUCUAAAA